AUGGCUGACAUGAGAAGGCCAAUCUUUGCCCACAUAUGGGAGGAGGAAGAAUGUCUAGAGUACUAUGGGAUGAUUUCCCUGCAUCGAAUGUUUGAGGUCAUUGGUUCCCAGCUUACAGAGAAUGACAUGGAUGCACUCUCUUUCCUUCUGGAUGAGACACAGCCUUGGACUCACCCGUUGGAUCCUGCCCUUUGGGCUGUGGCAGCAGCAGAAGAGAGUGGUUCUGAGACUACCUCCCCUGUGCUGGAGAGCUGGAAGAGGAAAAAUCAAUGGCGAUGUAGCUUGGGCAAGACUGAUGGUAGUCUUGAAGUUGCUGCUCAGAGGCAACUGCCCAAGAAUGGUGUACAACUGCUCCUGGAGCUAGAAAGGAGGGGCAAAUGUGAUGAAACCAACUUCGUGCAGCUUCUGCAGCUCCUGAGAGUACUGACAAGGCAUGAUCUGCUGCCAUAUGUCACUAUGAAAAGGCAGCGUACAGGUACUGAGCCAGAAAAGUAGAGAGCAAGUGGGUAGUAUCUGUUUUCUGAGCAUAGAUCGGUUGAAAUUAGUGGACCCAAGUCACUCAUUUCAGUGAAUAUACUCUGAGAAAGACUAACAUUGUAUACAAGCCAGUGUCAUUAACUUUGACUUCCUGGCUGAAUUGAGUGAAAUAGUUCCUUCUUGAAUGAAUAUUAUCCUUGAAUGAACAUUAUCCUAGCUUCCAACUCAGCUUUCUGGCCAGAAUUUUAGCAAUAGAAAGAUAGGGGGGUGGAUAUCUUUAUGGUAUUAUGUCUGCUAUUGCUUAGCUCAGAAUAUUCUGAUUCUAGGCACUUAUGAACUGAUUUGACAGGUUUGAUGUUGCUUUUAGAACUGUUUUUCCCAGUUGACAUAGUGUCUACCUUUUGAUGUUUUUUUUUAAAAAAAAAACAUAGUUUCUCCUGAGAGAUACACCUAUGGACCAUCUGUCCUUUCAUCUGACCGGCAGAUGGACAACUGUCUCAAUUCAGCCUCUGCAGAGCCUCGAAAUGAUCAGUGGGAGACAGGUGUGUGAGUUGUACAGCUUGCGGGGGUGGCGGGGAGGUGUAUGGUUUCAUCCCUUUUGUGUAGUAAAUAUACAAUGCCAUCAGUUUUUACGUAGCUGUUUUAUGUCUUGUCUGCUACAAUUGUGGAUACAUUUUUACUAGAUUAUAACUUCUCCUUGAUGAAAGGCAGCAAUUUAAAUAGUUUGCAUUUGAUAUCAGAUUAUUUGGAGGAGGGGGUUUGGAGCAGUAGCUUUUCUUACCAGGCUUUGGUGUAAAUAAUUGCCUAUGCCCGGCUUUUUCUCUCUAGGCUCCAAUACGAGCAAAAGGAAGCGAGUAAGCAGAGGCCGGUCAAAGUCUACUUCCCGCAGGCGGCGGGGAGCUAAAUCAACUAAUGCUCCAAUGCAGGAGGUCCAAACUCCCACAAAAGUCACCUGUGGUAGGUGUCAGCCUUGCAUGUGCUUUUUUUCCGGGGGCGCCCUUGAUUUGAACAAAGUAUUUUUAUAAUGCCAUGAAACCAUUCUAAAAUGCUCAUUAGCAGCUUGGUUUCUGUUAAGGGUCUGAUCAGUGAUUCAUUUUCUCUCUGGCUGGAACCAAAUGGGGAAAAGGUUGGGGGGAGGAAAAUAUAUAUAUGUAGCUGCAGCGCUGUCAGUUUUCUUCUAUGUCAGUGAACUUGAGUUUUGGCUUGCACUAUUAAUUUCUGUACAAAUCUGGCAAUAGGACUUCAUUCCAGUGCAGUUGGGGAAUGGAAGCUUUGGCCCCCUCUUUGGGGUGAGGGUGGGAAGGUUCUAACCCACUCCUUGUUAUGUUGUCUUCAAUUCCCAGGGUGAUCUGUUCGGUACCUAUUUUAUUGAUAGUGCUCCAGAAGGUCCAGCUCUAUUUAUUUACUACUUCAAUUACAUACCCUGCCUUUCAGGCAGAAUUUUCUGAGAGCAGCAUAAGACCAAAAAGAAAGCUUUAUAAAUGAGGAAAGGAUGCCUUCAGACUACUAAUCCCUUGGCACCAGUUGCUGGGAGGGAUGUGGAGGCUGUUAAUGUCAGUACACCAUUACAUGUGAUAUGCUGGUUUUGGAAAGAGACUGGUUUAGCUACUCUGAUGUUAUUUUUUGUAAUAACAAAACACAUCAUGCCCUAUAACAUGAGGUAGUUUCAUUCAUGGUAGUUGCCAUUUUUCUGCUUCAGUCAUCUCCAAUUAAAAAUAAAUUCAACUUUUGUUGAAACUAUAUAUUUCCAAUUAAUUCAGUGAAUUCUUCAGAACAAUGAGGUUCUGGAGAUUUUUGAUGUGUGGCACAUAAUUUUGUAUAGAAUAACAUAAAACUAUUUUGAGGAUUAUGAAGCUAGUUAUCUUCAGAAAGUACGAUUCCUGAUCAAGGGAGUAGUAAUGAGUGCCACAGCUCCGGCACUGAAUAGUAUUAAGAGGUGGUCAAGCUUAUGAAUGACUUGUCCACAUUCUUAAGUUGUUUUCAAAAUUGUACAUGCUCACCAGUAACAUAUAGCUGUAAUAUUUCCUGGAGAGCCUUGUAGUACAUCUUUCUGUUAGACUCAUCUGUUGAGUUUGCAUGUUUAUUUUAUAGCACACUAUACUACGCACUGGUUCUGUAUCUGACUUUCGAAAGGGGUUAAUUCUCCUGACUUGGUCUGUAAUACCAACCCAUCAAACUGGAUUUUUCUUAAAUCCCAGUUGCCUCUGAAUUCAUAUUAAAACUCAGUUAAGUGAAUUAUAUCCAAAUGAUUUUCAGUUCAGCGUUGAAUGUCUAUUUCUAACGCCAGCAUAUACCCUUUUCUAACUUAGAGCUUCAGAUACAUGUUGCUAUACGGAGAGAUGUUCUGUAUAGGGAAACUGUGAAACAUCGAUUUGACAACACACCCACAGUGUUUACAGUUUUCUUACCCAGAAAUGCAUUGUGUUGCACGUAACAUUUGAAGCUGCUCUCACUCAGCAGGUGGGUGCUAGGGGCUGGUGUAGGAUCCCUACAUAGCUCAAUGUGCUAUUGUCUUUGUGUCAGUGCAAUGCAAAUGAAACAAAAGCGAAUGCACAAAAACACCUGUCUUACCAUCUGACCAAUUUACAGGCAAUGGGUUCUAACGAAGAAGGUUCAAAAAUAAUACAAUGAGUGUCAAAACUGCAACUUCAAGGUGCAGCUAUAAGGCUUCUGCCGGGUAGGUGCAAGGAUCAAACUGUAAGCUCCAUUCAACACUAGAUUGUUGCCUGUAUACUUGAUGAUGUUGCCUUGCUUCACUGGGGCAGAGCUUGACCCUUGUUUUCCAGGCAGCUGCUUCUGAAAUAAGCUCUGCAUUUUAUAACCCUUCUGAAUUACACACCUAAGCUUGGGAGUUUGAAACUGAUCUCCUUUUCCAGUUUGCAACCUCCUGAGCUAUUUCAGCCUGCAGAAGCUAGAGCUUAGUUACUGAAAAAGAGCAUACAAACCCCCAAAUGAUCUCUUUUUUUGUUGCUGCUUGAUUUCUGCCAAUUCUUUCUCAAUCCACCAUUUAAAUUCCAGGUUACUAAGCAAAAGUUGAUGAUAAAGAGACUCUGUCUCUCUUGUGCACUCCUCUCACAGAAUGGUCUCGCAAAGGUAAAUGAAUCCAUGCACCCAGAUUUCCACCAGUUCUAUGUGAAAGCAAAUCUGUGUUUAAAUGUGUGCUGAGUUACCUAUUUCCAGAGGAACAACAGGCAGCCCACCCUGCAUGCCAGCCUCUCAAGCAGCCAAUUUGUAAAGGCAUGUUGGCUAUUCUCAUGGUCAGUGGGGACAAGGCUGCAUUGGCAGCCCUGGGAUUGUAAUCGUGUACAGAGCCACUCAAAACUGGCACUGUAGGGGGCAUAUGCUGCAAACCUCCAGCAGAGUGAUAUAAACAGGCUGGGGGUAUUAAAGCUAUGAGGACUGUGCCUCUUGUGGGACAGUCAUCAGCUGAUGUCUCAAGUGCCAGUCAAUUAAAGGUUUUGCUCUACUAUAUAGAAAAGCAAAUAGCUCCCAUAUCACGUGAUCCCUUAGUUAUGUUAAUAGCUACUGCUGCAGAUAUCAGGCCAUUGUGAGCUGCUAUGGAAUCGUCCUGGGCUCCUAUUAAUCCUUUUUCCUUAGGGCAUAAACAUUCCCUUAACUACUUUACCUGUCCUCCAGAUGCUUCCAUCAGUUUUCUUGGACAGUUUUUCCUCUGGCUGGUCAACAUUUAUCAUUGAUGGAUGAACUGCUAACAAUUAAUAGUUCUAAAAUCUUCCACACUUCUCACUUCAAAAUCCACUUGCAUUGCUUGGUUAUUUCUCUCAUGAUAAAUCUGUCAGCACAAUGAAUGUUAACCUGCAUUGAUACAUGUGCCAUUUGGUGGUUGUCAAGAAUAAGCAAGAACAUGCACCCUGUGUCCUUGCAGUGAGAAUUCCCAUGUUGUGUCUGGUAUCUGCAGCAGUUGCUCUUUAUCAACUUACCUAGAAGUGAGGCCAGGGUUUUCACACCAUUUUGUGUUCUUUUGCCAUAUUGAAUCUCAGAAUGAUUUCUUGAUGUUGCCAUGUGCUAAAAGUCUUGAACCAUGUUUCUCUCGGUCCACAGUUGAAAUUCAUCCCUGGAAAAGCAUAAGUAUUGGCCCAGGCAAGCGGGCCAAGUACCAGACAGUGGCAAAAAUACCCAGACAAACUAAAAAAAGCAAAAACUUAAGUGUGGCCCUCAUGAUUAUUUCAGCUGCCUCUUCACCGCUUCUCCUAUGUUAGAAGCGACCUGCAUCUGGACCCUGCAGCGCUCUUGUUAAACAAGCUGUGAGGGACACUGCCUUGGACUCUGGGACUUGUUGCCUUCUGCACAAUGGAGGCAUUUUUGCGCGGUUAACAUUGUCUGUAAUGGGUUUUGCUGGCCUGUAAAUAUGUGUGUCAAAGGUGGGUGGGGUAAUGUAGUAUAUGGAAUUGAAUUGAAUUGGUACUCUAUGCUGUUCCCAGUUCUUUUCUGGAAAACUGAUAACUUGAGUUUUCUAAUUCUAAUGCUGAACACACACUAAAGGGUUGCAUGGAUGAUGAGGUGACAGGCCUCAAUCUCUGAAACCAUCCUACUUUAGUGGUAAUUAACUUGGAGGCUUCUUCACUCUUGUUACUGUGAUUCAAACUUGGGAAAAGACAUUGGCAGAAGCCUCUACAGUAUGUGGCUCAGUGGCGUGUUUUGAAGCUGUCUAUACUUCCAAACAGAAACCACAGUGGGAUUAUUUCACUGGGACUGGGGCCUGAAAGUGGAGGGUUGGGUGGGUACCAUGUUGUUUGUGCUGCCUCAGUUGGUUUCAUUAUUGCCUAUAUAGGUCAAGUGUCUAAUUAGAUGCAGCUGCUCAGGGCUUGCAUUACUACUGGCUGAGCAUGGCCAUGGAACAAUUAACCACCUUGUACAACUGAGUUGUGCAGAAACCCUCUCCCCACAGCCUUGCAGUUGAUGUGCAUCCUGCUUGUUUUGAAAUAAAAGCUGUGGGUCCCCCCCCCCCCGUGGUCAAUAAUUUGAGGCUUUUAUCCUGUCCUGGGGGAGGAAGAGCCCUCCAGGCACUUAAGUGAGACAUAACUGACGCAAGAGGUGCCAGUAUGUUGAUGCCAACUCUGACAGCUGCUAUCAUUCUUACUUCAGAGAACUGUUUAUAUUGGAAAGUGGGUGGGAUGGGUAUUUAGAUGAAAUCGUAUGCCAAACCAUGGGUGCAAAAGUUGUAUAUCUUAAGCUGAGUACAGUACCAAUAAAAUGAAACCUCUCAGUUACUCUGCAUAUAGCAUAUUGGGUGGGAGCUUGUGGUUGGAAUGUGAGAAAGGUUUCCAGUGGGUCCUACAGCUGAGCUCUUAAUGUGCUGCCUUAUCAAGGCAAAGCAGUUGCUGGUGUACAAUGUAAAGAGAAGUUGUGGACAUCUGUUCCUUACUCAAGUUUUACAGUACAUUGUUUAUUUUGGGGUGGAAAUGGCACUGCUCUUAGUAUAAGCUCUAGGCUUUCUUACAUGGACAAUUGUCAAAUUCAAUUUGUUGCACAGCUCUGCUGUUGCCCAUCUGGAAAGAGGGGUUCUAAUUGUCAUGCUGGUUGAAAGCUAGCAACCGGCUACCAAAAAGCUGCCUUGUAGCUAACUCGUAUGGGUGGGUGUGGGCUCCAGGCCGUACAAAGUUGCUGGUAAAGGGCUGUGACUGCACUUUGAGUUAAUGCUUCUACAGGUGAUGACCACAAGACACAGAGAAAUUAAAGCUGACGGCCUUGUUGAGCGUAUGUAAUACAUCACCUGCCUCAUUUUUUAAAACAUAUCCUACUCUGUAUUUGUUCCAUUUCUCCCUCCCUCUUGAACCUUUUAAAUUUUUGGCUACAAUGCUGAUAAUACUUUGGGCAACUGAACAAAACACAAACCUGCCCAAUGUCCAUAGUUACAGCUGAACUUCAGUAAUUGCUGGGGCAUCUAGAGCAUGGUAGUACACGUCUGUUGCAUCAAGUCACUCACGAGAUGGCUAGAUCUUAAUUAGCUAAAAUUUCAAGUUUUUCCUGCCAAAGUGUCCAGCUGGCUGUCAGUAGUUAGCUUUAGUUCAGGAUCUCCCCAAGUCGUUUCCCUUCCAAGUCAAGAAUGGCUCAUAGCCCUUAAUAAAGGAGUGGUCCGGUUUGAUAAUGCCGUCCCGUAACAACAAGCUAUAUUAACUUGGAAAAAUUAUUUCCAAGAUUUUGGAUUGAAAAUGGCGGGAAGCCUUUUGAAGAAUUUGCUGUUGUGGAUGACUUUUCAGGAUUGGUGCAGAUAGCUCAACAGGAAUGAUUUAGUGGGGGGGCAGUACUAGAGUAAUGUUUCUGGGGUGAGAAUUGAGAUGUUUUUAGUAAGUGAUUAUUGGAGUUCAGCUGUAACUUUGUGCCAAAGGUAGACUUCAAAAACGAGAGUGAACACCCCUUGCUGGGACUGACCAUCUUAAGGAACCUGAACUCUUCAGGAGUCUUAGGUGGCCUGCAUCUUCAGCUUGGUUGGUAUUGAUGUUCAGCACCUGCUCAUGGCUGUUGAACAGCCCAACCCUGGAAUACUGUUGCAUGACCGUGUGUUUGUCUGCGUGCUCUGUUUGCGACCUCCAGCUCUAAUGCCACUCUUUUUCUUCCUUUCCCCUCCCUCCCUUCCUCUCUCUCUCUCUCUCUCUCUCUCUCUCUCUGUCUCCUGUGUGUCUUGCUCAGACAUCCGGCUCCGUGUUCGUGCAGAAUACUGUGAGCAUGACCCUGUCUUGCGUCAGAAUGUGAUGUCAAACAAGCAGAACCAUCUGGAGCGGCAGUUUGAUGUCUUUGGGCAGUCCAACACCAUCCUCAAAUCCCGUGACCUGGGCUCAAUAAUCUGUGACAUCAAGUUCUCAGAGCUGUCCUACCUUGAUGCCUUCUGGAGCGACUAUAUGAACGGCUCACUGCUAGAGGCACUGAAAGGGGUUUUCAUCACAGACUCUCUCAAAGAGGCCGUGGGCCAGGAGGCUAUCCGACUGCUGGUCAAUGUGGAUGAAGAUGAUUAUGAGGAGGGUCGCCGUCUGUUACUGGAAAGCGUUAUUCCCCAGGCCUGGUAACUUUAGCUACUAGGAAAUUUAGGUAUGUUCCCUCCACUAGUAUCUGUCGUCUUCACACUCUCUGAAAACUUAGCAUUUCCCCCUACUUGUCAGCUGUCAUCUUGCUCCAUUGGCUCAGCAAGAAGAUUAAUUUUGCAAGUGGCGUUAGGGGCUUUUUGUCUGGGUGCUGGAUGACAUGAGAUGUCCAGUGCUUCAAUAAAUUUAAGGAAGAGACUAGCUCAAGGCAGUUGAACAGUUAUAUUUCCAAACUACAAAACCAAAAUAGAGUUACAUCCUGUAAUUAUUAACAGAAGGUAAUGUGUUUAGCAUAUUUUCUCCAUCUGUAAGUAAGCAUGUAUGUAGGAAACUUUCUGUAUACUUCACCAUAUUGAAGUUUUGGGGAAAGGUCCCUGAUUUGCAUAUAAAAUAAAAUGUGUGUGUGUGUACACACACACACAUAUACAUAUAAAUGUAAAAAUCAAAUAGUUUAGCUUUGCUUUUAACUAAUAAGCCAAUUUUUCUGCCAGGACAAUUUCAGAUGUUCUGCAGUUGAACUAUUUUCGCAAGUGAUACUGAAUUACACUGCAACAAUAUGUGUUUGUCCUAAUUUUGAGACUUGUUCAGUUUCCCAGAACCUGCUAAGGUCUUCUAUUGACUGAUUGGUGCAGGAUAGGGUGGGAAGCCUGGGGCCCUCUAGAUGUUGCUGGACUGAACCUCUCAUCUUCCUCCCUGACCUUUGGCCAUCCUGGCUGGGACUGAUGGAAGUCCAACAACAUUUGGAGUGCCACAGGCUUGCCACCACUGAUAUAAGGGCUAGCUCCAUUGCUGCUCUUUUUCAGCAAGACUUGGGUCCUCCAUAUAUAUUUUAUUUAAACAUUUUUGACAGAAAUUAAAAUUGUGAAAGUUGAGAUUGGUUUUCUUAAAGCCCUCUAACCAGAAAAAAAUAACCAAAAUAGAAGAGUAUCAGUAGCAUAAAUCCCACAGAUGUCAGCAAAUGAACAGAGUCCCAAAGGAUCUCUGGGGGUUGGGUGGGGGACCAGCCCUCCUGGUGCCUGGAUGACAACAUAAAUGCGUAAGGAGUUGGCAUCCAUCCUGGUUUUCACUCUCAAUCUUUUUCUUCUCCUCACAGGGCACUUCAUUUUUACUCCCUGA